AUGUCUGACUUGAUAACCUUCGAUGACAUCGAUACAGACCAUCUAAAAUAUGAAGGGCAUUGGCAACAAGGUAAUUGGAAUGCAAGCGAUUUAGAACUAUCGGGGACAUUAUCGUCGACGGACGAACUUGAUGCCACUUUUACUUUCGUUCUUCUGUACUCAGUGACGUUUGACACCCCAGGGAUACACACGAUUACCAUUAUAAACCAACCUGACUUUCAAUCCGACGGAAACACGUUGCUCACUAUCGACAGAAUUGUCCUCAAAGUCCCAGAUCCUUCAACGACAGGAUCUUCACCUACGUCUCCCUCCUCAACCUCCACACACGCCGCAUCCCGGUCCUCUGUACCGGUUAACGCCAUCGUCGGUGGCGUCAUCGGCGCUCUAGUCACGAUCGUCCUCGCCUUUUGGCUGUACAUACGCCGACGGCGCGCGCGCCGAACCGACCACCUCACCGAAUCCAGCAGGUCGCGCCCAUUCUUCAUACAGCCCCUUAGCCGAGGAUUAAGCUUCUUGCUCCCAUCGCGGGAGCUGACCACUGCCAUGUCUGCCACAGCAACUAAAAUCUUCGGGUGGGACUCCUCAGCGGCCGUAGGUAGCGCAGGCGCUUCCAGUCGUCGCACGCGCCGCGGGCGUGGAGCAGGCCACGCGGGGUUCAAGUCUAACUUCUUUCCCGACUCCACCCCAUCCUCGCGCGUAGGAGACGAGGGCUCGUCGAGCUCCGCGUUGUUGCUGACCGUAGGACCCCGACGAGAGCGCGAUGCCGGACCGGCCCCGGUCCUGGAUGAGGAGGAGGAGGAGGCAGAGGAGGGUGUGCUGCCCCCGGACUAUGGCGAUGUGUUUGUACCGAGUCGUAACGCGUCGGCUAUUGCUGGGGCGCAGCAUCGAGGUAGGGGUGGAGGUGGUGUAGGAAGUAGAAGAAGUAGAGCAUUUUCGGCAUCUGUUGGACUUUUGCCAGUACGAAGGGAAUCAGGUUAG